AUGAAUGGAGAGCAUAGAGGCAGAGGUUUUGGACGAGGAAGAUUUCAAAGCUGGAAAAGAGGAAGUGGUAGGAACUUUUCAGGAAAAUGGAGAGAAAGAGAACAUAGACCUAACUUGAGUAAAACUACAGGAAAACAUAAUUCUGGACAAACCCCACAGUCUUUGCUACUUCAGUCAACAUUGGAUAAAUUCAUACCAUAUAAAGGCUGGAAGCUUUAUUUCUCUGAAGUUUACAGUGAUAGUUCUCCUUUCAUUGAGAAGAUUCAAGCAUUUGAAAAAUUUUUCACAAGGCAUAUUGAUUUAUAUGACAAGGAUGAAAUAGAAAGAAAGGGAAGUAUUUUGGUGGAUUUUAAAGAACUGACAAAAGAUGAUGAAAUAACUAACUUGAUACCAAGUAUAGCAAGUGAACUAAGAGAUGCUCCUGAGGAAACAUUGUCAUGCAUGGGUUUGGCAAUACAUCAGGUAUUAACUAAGGAUCUUGAAAGGCAUGCAGCUGAAUUACAAGCCCAAGAAGGAUUGUCUAGUGAUGGAGAAACAAUGGUAAAUGUGCCACACAUUCAUGCAAGGGUAUACAACUAUGAGCCUUUGACACAGCUCAAAAAUGUCCGAGCAAAUUACUAUGGAAAAUACAUUGCUCUAAGGGGGACAGUGGUUCGUGUCAGUAAUAUAAAGCCUCUUUGCACCAAGAUGGGUUUUCUUUGUGCUGUGUGUGGAGAAGUUCAGAGUGUUUCUCUUCCAGAUGGAAAAUACACUUUUCCGACAAAGUGUCCUGUGCCUGCGUGUCGGGGGAGAUCCUUCACAGCUCUCCGCAGCUCUCCUCUCACAGUUACGCUGGACUGGCAGUCGAUUAAGAUUCAGGAGAUGAUGUCUGAUGAUCAACGAGAAGCAGGUCGAAUUCCACGAACAAUAUAA